AUGUGCGCCCUCUGCUACAAACAUCGCGAAGUCACCCCGCCAGCAUUCAAGUCGGAUCUAUCAAGUUUGCGUGAUCGGCUGAAGAACCGCGAUGAUAUGAUCUUACUGGAUUGUGAGACUUUGCAUCACCCUGGACCGCUAACAGACAAAUCGCCGCAAACAUUGAUUCAGUUCGCACUGCUAUACAAAGCAGAAAGGUUAGAAGUCAUCAUCGACCACGGGAACGGGUUGGGGCAGGUCGAGCGAUUGAACCUACUGCGCGCCAUGGUCCGGCCUCCACGCCAAGAAAUGGGCUGGAAUCACGUCGAGAUGAACCUAAAGACGCUUUGCAAUGUUCUCGAUGUCAAACUUCGGGAGUUCCCGAGCAAGUCGGACGUUGAAGCAUUUGAAGCGGCUUUGAAGGAGCUGGAUAGUCGUUUGGCAGAAAAAGGCAGGUCUCCUACGGACGCGAUCGAUGAGUUGGAACUGUGGAUGAACAUCCCUAUUGAAAACGGUCACAAUACGAUAUGUUAUUGGGCCGCCACACACUUUGAUCAAAUCAGCCUAGACAAUUGGUAUCAGAGCGUCACGGACGAACCCGUCUCGAGAUGGCAUUACGAUAAAAGUAUACUUCCAAAUGUGCAGCGAAGUAUAGAGAAGAAAGGAGAGAACAGAGGCUCUGCAGCGCUUCAUUCGCUUUACAUUUCUUUGGUGGAUCCUACGCGCAAAAUACCUGUUUCAAUGCGAUGGCAUACGGCGUUGGCGGAUUGCUUGAUCAUGAAGGCAGUGCUGAACGAGCUUUGGAAGAUCUGUGGGGAUACACAACCGGGGCAAAGGAACAUGUCGCAGACGAAGUUAAAACAGUGGUGGAAGUUGACAUAA